GAGGAAACUGGAGGGCGGUUCCUUACUGUGAGUCAUCACUAGUGCUCAGACUGCUAAUAUGGACUCAAAGUUGCUCACAAAAACAGGACCUCUCUUUUUAUCCUUACACAUAACACACUGAUUUUAUGUUUUGGACUCAACAGUUUUUCUUUCGUUGUCCUUGUAUUGGAUGGAUUUAUAUAGACUGAGUCACAUAUUCCACUUCAGGAUAAGCCACAGCCCUGACGUUGCUGUAAACCAAGUACCUUAUCAGUAUUAUUCACCAUAAAAACCCAACAUGGCUGCAGCUGCACUCAUCACAGAGAACUUUAAGUUUGUGUCCCUCUUCUUCAAGAGUAAAGAUGUGAUGAUCUUCAAUGGUCUCAUUGCUCUGGGAACCGUGGCUGGCCAGACUGCAUACAAUAUUUUUGCUUUUGACUGCCCUUGUUCUUCUGGGAGGAACUACCGCUAUGGCCUGGCUGCCAUCGGUGUUCCAGCACUGGUGUUUUUCCUCAUAGGAAUAAUGAUAAACAAGAGCACCUGGGACCUUGUGACUGAGUGUCUGCUCAGAAAGUGUCGGAAGCUGUCGGGAGCUGCAGCCUUUGCACUGCUAGGAAGUAUCUUCGGUCGAGCUGUGGUGGCCCCACUGACAUGGGUUGUUAUCUCUUUGCUGCAGGGACAAGCAUACACAUGUGCCCUCAGUGAAUUUAUUGACCCCGGUACAUUGGAGGGCUUCCCCUCAGGUCAGAGUUCAGAGGUCAUGGCAAAAUUUCCGUGUCAGCAAAGUGUUCCAGCGGAGCUGCAUGGCUUCUUGGCUGAAACUGAACGGCGAUUAAAAUAUGAAUCUCAGCUAAUAGGCUGGCUUCUGGUGGCAGGAAUGUCUGUGAUGGUGUUCCUGAUGCAGUGUGUGAAGCGCUGCUGUUCUCCUCUUAGCUACCAGCAGGAGGACUACUGGUCCCAAUACCGCAAUAAUGAAAACAUCCUCUUCCAACGCACGGCAGCUGUCCAUGCCCGCCUCCUGGCUGCAGAGAGUGUUAAGAGCUUUUUUGGCUUUGUGGCACUGGAGAAGGAAGAGAAAGAGCUGCUGGCUGACUACCAGAGUGCUCGUCCUAUUUGCAGCACUAACUGGAACAGAGUGACUGGUGUCUACCUCUACAGGGAGAAGAAUGGGCUGCCUCUGUACAGCAGGCUCAACAAAUGGGCCACAUACAGCCUGGAGAAUAACAUGGAGGCCAUGGAGAAAGAAAUGGACAUGCUUAGUUGAAAGUUUUCUUCAGUACUUUGGCUCAAUGACUGGGACUAGGAAGAUGUCAUUAUACUUCAAAUGAAGUGCU